CCAGACUGGAGAGCACCUGAGAUGCAGGAAGUCUCGCGAGAAGUUGCGUCGUUGCCCCGGUAACAGCGUCGCAUUACAAAAGAUGGCGGGGAGAAGCUACAGACUCAGGAGACGGAGCGUUUCGGGGACCCCGCCCCAGCCACGCGUUCAGCAGCCUGCGGUGCGUCGACGGGACCUCCUCGCCCAGGAGGAGGAAUAUAAGCGUUUAAAUGCAGAAUUGGAGGCAAAAACGGCUGAUCUGGUUCGACAAGCUGAGGCAGUAAUUAGAGAUCAGCAAGAGGUACACUCUAGGCCUACUUCAACACAAGUUAAAUCAUAUGAAGAUGAUGAUUACAGUUUAAGAGGUCUAUUGUCUGAAGAGACAGUUCAUCUACAUUCAGAAACAAAGUCAAAGACCAAAAAAAAACACUCAUCUAGUAAAUAAGGUUCAAAACAAACUACACUCUGCAAAUAAAGGAAGGAAAACAAA